UGGCAUCGAAAAUGGCUUUUAUUGAUCACAACCUAAACCUAAACUAAAGUUAUAUUUUUCGAUUCAAAUUUACUUUCACUCCUCAAUCAAAACCGUUGUUCAUAUCAUUCAUACAUUUACUGAAAAUUACAUUCAAUUCUGAGCUUAUAUCCAAGUGUUUUGUGUGACUUUCAAUGCUUUUCUAACUCCAAGUUUUAGUCGAAAAGACCUUGAAUUUGAUGUCAGCUUUAAUUUGAAUUUGAGAUAAUAAAUCAAAAGUUAUGCAAUAAAUUGGUAAAAAACAUAAGUAACAGUCAAAUACACACAAAGUGCACAAAAUGCUGACUUCUUCACUGAGAAGAUCUAUACUCCAGAAGCCAUACAAAUCACAAUUGGAUUCCAUAUUUAAAGUCUGUUUCUCGACUCAACUCCAGGAGCCGUCGGAGCCCCGGGUGUUGACAGCCGUUCCCGGACCCAACUCUAUCCGACUUAAGCAGGAAUUGGAUACCAUUCAGAACUCGUCGGCCAUCCAACUGUUUGUCGAUUAUACCAAAUCUGUCGGAAACUUCUUGAGCGACGCCGACGGAAAUGUGUUCCUCGAUAUAUACAGUCAGAUAUCAUCCAUACCUCUGGGGUAUAACCAUCCGGCGCUCCUUAAGGCGGCGUCAGAUCCCAACAAUUUGUCCACUUUUGUGAACAGAGCGGCCCUCGGAAUCCUUCCUCCAAAGGAUUUCGCAGACAAACUGAAGAGCGCUCUCCUGUCGAUCGCACCCAAGGGUCUGACAGAAGUGCAGACUAUGGCGUGCGGCAGCUGUUCCGUUGAGAAUGCACUCAAAGCGGCCUGUUUUUGGUAUCAGACGAGACAACGGAACGGUGGACCUCCCAGUGCUGAGGACUUAGAGUCAUGUAUGGACAAUAGGAUUCCCGGUUCACCCAAACUUAGCAUAUUGUCAUUCAAAGGAGGCUUUCACGGCCGCACUUUCGGUGCCCUCAGCUGCACCCACUCCAAGCCAAUCCAUAAGCUGGAUGUGCCCGCAUUUGACUGGCCUAUCGCCACAUAUCCCGUAUACAAAUACCCCUUAAAUGAAAACGUCGCCGAAAAUGACAAAACCGAUGAAAAAUGUCUGAAAGAAGUGCAGCAAUUGAUUGACGAAUACUCGAAAAAGGGUGUUCCGGUGGCCGGUAUGAUCAUUGAGCCCAUUCAGGGCGAAGGUGGCGAUAAUCACGGCUCAGCCAAGUUCUUCCAGGGGUUGAGAAAACUUUGCACCAAAAAUAAGGUCGCGUUUAUUGUGGACGAGGUGCAAACUGGUGGCGGACCCACUGGUCGUAUGUGGGCUCACGAGCACUUCCAACUGGACGAGAGCCCAGACAUUGUCACGUUUAGCAAAAAGCUGCAAAUCGGAGGCUUUUACUACAAGAAGGCAUUCAGACCCGACCAGCCCUACCGUAUAUUCAACACAUGGUUGGGCGACGCCUCUAAACUCGUAUUUCUCGAACAAGUAGUGAAAGUAAUAAAAGAACAGAAUCUUCUCGAAAAUAUGGCCAAAACCGGUGAUUAUAUGCUUAAAGGCUUGGAAUCACUGCAAAACAAAUUUCCAAACAUAGUGUUGAACGCCAGAGGAAAGGGAACCUUCUGUGCCAUUGACUUCAAGACACCUGCACUCAGAGACAAAGCCGUAAAGGUUCUGCACAAAAAUGGAGUCCACUGUGGAGGUAGUGGUAGUGCGACACUACGCGUGCGAACCACCCUAACCUUCAACAGCACUCACGUCGAUAUCUUCCUCAAGAAAUUCGAGUUAACUCUUAAAGAACUUAAUGAAUGAAUGAUUCCGUGUUUUAUCGCAAUAUAUUCCAACAAUUUUCAGUUCUUUUGAUAUGAAUGUCUUCCAUAAUAAAUAUUUUAUCUGUUAUUCGACUCUAAGAUCUGUUCAUAUUAUGACACAAACUAUCAAUCGUUAAACUAAUUACCAAUUUAUUCAAUAAAACCUAAUAUAAAUGUAAUCACUAUUUGGGUUACAUUUCAU